UGAUAACAUGCCACAUGAAGCUCGUAUCAUAAUUAGUCCAGGAAAAAAUAAUGAUGGAUGGUGGAAUUUGGAUCAACUUAUAAAACAGGCUUCAAUCCUAAAACAACUCAAAGAUGAAGAAAUAUCAUUACAAAGAAAGGAAGAACAAAUUGAAAAAGACAAGAAAAAAUAUGUAAUGCCUCAUUCUAUACCUUUAGGAUAUGAUAGAUUUUAUAACAAGUAUUUUUAUUUUGAUGGUUUGGGUAUAACAGUUGGAGAAAAAUAUGGUACAGGUAAAAUUUGGGUACAAGUUCCCCAGGAACAAGAUUUGAGAAUGUUAACUGAUAGAGAUGUGCACCAUUAUUACAAAAGAAAAAAAGCUGAAGAUUCAGUGAACAGAGAAUCUGUAUUGAAGAAUAAACUUUUAAAUCACUAUCAAGAACUUUCGGCUUGUUUAAUGAAAAGGAAACAGGAUUUGACCACACCUUGUAUGACAAUUGAAGUGAGAAGUAAACGAGUACAAAUUACUAAUGCAGUACUUUCUUCACAGUCAUGA